CCCCAGAAGCCAAACAGGUGAAACUGAGAGAAUGCAGACUCUACAAGUUCUGGCUCUGUCUCUGCUGUCUGUGCUGGCAGUCAGCGCUCAGUCCAUCAGCUCAGGAGCAUGCCCACAACCUCCUGUUCAACAAAACUUUGAUCCUACUAGGUAUGUGGGAAGAUGGUACGAGAUUAUGAAGAUUCCAUCCCAGUUCCAGUUAGGAGAGUGCUGUCAGGCUACUUACGUUCUGAGCGACGGUAUUGUGCUGGUUCGAAAUGAUGAGCUUCUUGCUAACGGUACUAUCAGCUUCAUUGAGGGAACCGCCAAGAUCGUAGAUGAUUCAGAGCCUGCCAAACUGGAAGUCAGCUUCUUUGAGGAUGCUCCUCCUGCCCCCUACUGGGUGCUAGCUACUGACUAUGACAACUACACCCUUGUUUAUGCCUGCUCAGAGGCCUUCGGUCUCUACGUUGAAUAUACUUGGAUCAUGAGCAGGACUCGUGCACUUCCCAAAGAGACCGUCUCUGAGCUGAUAGACAUUCUCAAAUCCAAUGGCAUCAAUAUCGACACGCUCUCUGAGACUGACCAGAGACUAGAGCUGUGCAGCGGCAUGCCUUAAUGUUACUGUCUUGUAUGAUAAGCCAUUGUAGAUGUAUUGUGGUUUAUUAAAAAUAAACAGUAUAAAUGUAAACUCAAACUGAUUUCCAGCCAGUGCUUUGAGGCAUAAGAAUGCAGAUUUGCACUCUCCAACAUUUGUUGAGUACAAAUUGUCAGAACUUUUUUUUACUGUUAUGAAAGCAGCAAAUGGUACUGUUGUUCCAAUGUGCCAAUAAGCUUCUGGCCUUUGUUUUGCUUCUGUUCAGUUCUUUGUCAAGAGACAUAAAAACAUUAAUAAAUACAC